AUGUCAAAGCCAACAUGUGAAUGCUGUUGCAAAUACGCCCAACAUAUGGAACACCCUGAACACGAAGGUGUUCUUUGUCCAGAUUGCAUCAAGACUGGAAAAGUGAUCGCCGCAGACUAUUAUUGCAAAUGUUACAACAAUGCAAUGAGAUUCUAUCUCCACGUUGAUACAGAUGGAAAAGUACUUGGUGCAAAGUAUCAAUUCUUUGGAUGCAAGAAGUUUGCUGUUUUGGCCGAUGUUUUGUGUGGACUUUGCAUUGGUAAGACUGUCGAACAGUUGCUUACAAUCACCAAUUUGGACAUAGAAAAGGAACUUCAAGAACCCAAGCUUCCAAAGGACAAGCUCUUUUCAACUUCAUUCUUCUACACCAUCAUCAAGCGUGCGGUUUCACAGUACACCACAAAGAAGAUCACUGACAUUGAAAGUGAAGAGAUUGUCUGUGGGUGUGGAAAUAUAUCAUUAACUACCAUCAAGAAUGCUAUCAAAGAAAAGGACUUGAAGACAGUCGAAGAGAUCACAAAGGAGACAAAGGCUGGCUCGUUCUGUGGAUCUUGCCCAAAAGCUGGUGGAAAGUACUGCAAGAAGUAUUACUUGGAAGACAUCUUAAGAGAAACACGAGCUCAAAUGGAGUGUCAGAAAUGCUGUGAAAAGAGUUGUGAAAAGACCUGCGAUCAUAUGACCUUCUUCCAAAAAGUAAUGAAAAUCAACGAAGUUUUCAAUGAAAAGAUCGGUAAAGAAGAGAAAGCUCACAUUUACGAUAUCAAAGAGAAUAGUGAGGCAGUUGCUGUGUUGAUUCAAAUUGAAGGCAAGUGUUGUGGAUGCUGUGAGGAGAGUUUGAAGAAGAGAGACGAAAUCCAAAAGGUACUCAGAGAAACUCUUUGCAAGCACAUUGAUGUCAUGGUGGUUCCAUGUUGCUGCCAAAAGUGA